UGUAUAGUUUGCUAACCUUUCAUUUAAAGAUCGAGAAUUCAGAACUUUUUCGGUUAAUAUCCAUAAUGGCAAAGAGAGAAUAUUCGAAGAAAGAGGUUUCACAGUGAUUGUAAUCAUCCUAUGAACGGGAAAAGACCGUAAGUGAAAGUCCCAGACCAGGAGCAUAUGGAUUUUUAAAAUUGGGAUUAUUUUUCCUGGCAUAUGAAUACCACACACUGCCGUCUGGCUUUGUUGUGUAGAAGUUUUUCCUAGGAGUUACCGUCUGCUCUUAAAAAAUGUCUUUUUGGCCAUUAAUUUUACAUUACUAUAUGGAUUAUAAAAUACUUUUGUUAGGGAAAGAUGUUUGAUAUUUGAAAUGGUGGUACACUUCUGGUAUCUUAUUACAUUGAAUUAGAGUGAGGGGACAAAACAGAAUCGAUGAAUAACGUUUCUACAUUCUAGGAUUUGAUUUGAAAUGAUAGUUUCUACAGGGAAAUUAGAGCCUUUGUGUAUAUAUAAAUUUGCUUUAAUAUACAAUGAUGGGACAAUCUGACUACAUCAAAUUUUGCAUUACUUGGGCAUUAGCUGUUAAAAUUGGCAUUUUUUUUCUUUCAAGAAACUACCUCACAUUUAACCAACUUUUUUGUCAAAUCUGUUAAGGAGGAGUAAAACAGUUUUGAGAAGGGCUUGGAGAGUACCUAACAGGGAUGGACGCUCCCAGCUGUACAGCAGUACCUGAUUUAGCUCUGGGAAUGGAAGUUCAGAGUGAUGACUCUUCCUCUGGUGGCAGCUUGUUUAAAACCCAGUGUGUACCUUACUCACCUAAACGGAGGCAAAGAACCCCUAUUAGAAAACACAUUCAUUCACCUGAAGGUGUGCAAGCAAGAGACUCAUCUAGUGACUCAUCUUUCGAGCCAAUACCAUUGACUAUGAAAGCUAUUUUUGAAAGAUUCAAAAAAAAGAAACCUAAAAAGAGGAAAUACAAGCGAACAGGAAGACCAAGGGGAAGACCCCAAGGAAAGAAAAGCAGUAGAAGCUCUCAAAGAAGUAAGAUAGAGUUUAAAGACAAAGGAUCUGGGUUCCCAUUUUUAGAAUCAGAGAAUGGAAGAAAACAAUUACCUUGGAGAAAAAUUCUAACCUUUGAGCAAGCAGUGGCAAGAGGAUUUUUCAGCUACCUUGAAAAAUUGAAGUAUGAGGACCACCUCAAGGAAUCCUUGAAGCAAAUGAAUGUCAGUGAAGAUUUAGAAAAAGACGACUUGGAUAGUCGUAGAUACAAAUACCUGGAUGAUGAUGGGCCCCUCUCUCCUAUUGAAGAGUCCGAAGCAGACGAGGUUGCAGCAGAUCUUGAACAUGCUGAUGAAUGUGACAUCAAAUUGGUGGCUCCUAAUGAGAGGACAGUGUCUGGACUUAAAGGAAUGAAUAUGAUUUGAACUUAACUCAGGGUUAGAGGGUAUCUGAAAUUGAGAACCAGGCAGAUCCAUCUCCUCUGACCCUAAAUGUGGCCCAAAGAAAAUUGCUUGAAGAACUGGAACUCAGAUUACAGGUGGGGAGUUUGUGAAGUAUGUCCAUAUUCAUGGAGAGCAAAGAAGCUGAGGACUGACUAUAUAACUGGAUUGAAUAAAAGUUGAUCUUAAAAGGACAAUUUUUAUUGAAGAUCAUGCCUCACUUUGGAGAAGCAAAGGCAAUUGGCAGUGGAAGGAACCAUACCAUAUUAAGUUCUUAAAAAAUUUAUUGACUUAUGUGGCCUAUGUUACAUAAUAAAAACAACUACAGUUUUCAUAGAAAGUCACUGUGUA